UUAAAAUCAACAAGCAUGAGAACACCAAGUUAUACUAUGGAGAUAAACAACUUCUCCCAAAGGAAUGCUCCAAUACGGUCGAAUCUGUUCAGAAGCUACUCCUGCAACUGGUAUGUUACCGUAUAUCCCAAGGGAAACGGUAUUAAUACACACAUGUCUAUGUAUCUAGAUGUUGCAAAUUCUCUCGCGCUGUAUCAAGGAUGGGGGAGACGUGCCAAGUUUCGCUUUGUUAUCGUGAACCAAUCCAAUGUCGCCAGGUCCAAACGUCUAGCAACUUCUCACACCUUCAACAAGACUUGGCCAAACCUGGGUUUCAAAAAGGCCUUGCGUCUUACCAAACUUCAAGAGGAAAUGUUUCUUGUGAACGACAAACUUAAAGUUGAAGUCUACGUUUAUGUAUAUGAUAUUAUGGGUAUACUAGAUACACAUGUGUUACCUGAAAAGGACACGACCGUGUGUGUCAAUGGAUUCCAAGUUCUUGAUUCUCAAGUCAAGUCAGCAAAUAUUAUUUUUGAAACUUAUCCGGAAACAGCAUUGUAUAUUUAUCCACAAGAUCCACAGCUUAAGACAGCAUACAUGAACAUUCUCCUCAGAAUCUACGAGACACUUUACAACAAUCCUCUUGAGAAGCUCACGGAAAGUGAGCUAAGUAAAGUUUCCAAGGAUUUGCUUGAUCUGACACAAGCUGGUUUUAAGCUGGAAUGGUUGAGGGAAAAGCUUGAGAAGGUUUCCGUGGAGAGGAAGAAACUCGCUGGUUAUGAAGCUCAGGCUCUAGAACUUGGAAAACAGUUGAAGAAUCUUGAGCUGAUGAUGUGUAAUCUCAAAGCUGAGAUCAAGUUGAAAGCGGAGAGCUAAUUAUAUUAUUAUAGUUGGGUUUUAAUAGCUUUUAGUAUAUCUUAUGAUUUCUUCUUUUAUUGUUUUCCAGGUUUUGAUUUAAGAUUAAUCAUAGAUCCUACGUUGUCCCUUCACUGGUUUUAAACCAAGUUUUAUUAGAUAUAAAUAUAAUUAUUAUUCGCCUAGUUAUAAUUAUAGCUAGUAUAAUCAAGAAAUAUCAAGAUUCACGUUUAGCUAUCCAGGAAUACAAUUUGGAUAUUCAAAUUACCACACACGAAAUGUUUGUGGACGUGUGUGGAGAAUCAUUCUCUACCUAUUAUAUAACAAGAAAUUCUUGGAAAAAAAUCAAACAACACGGCAAAUAAUGAAAGAAAAAAACUAUGAAUUCAAACUUGUUUGAAAGAAAAUGAUAUGAUAAGAUUAAGAACUAAAACAAUGAACU